AUGACCAGGACCUCACCUCGUCGAAUCCCCCGUAGACGAGAUUCUUCGAGACAAGCUGCAUUUGCAUUUCUUUCUAACAUUAGCCUUGGAACUGAGUCAACUUUUCCUCCUAGCACUGUACAGUCGUCGACUGUUCCCAGCCAUUCCGUUCCAAGCCCUUUUCAGUCAUCAGACAGUCUUUUAAACCCUGAUAGUUUUGAGAAGACUCCACUUGUAACUGUCACUGAUCAUGAGGUUAUCAACGGAAAUGGUAGACCAAGUUUACAAAUUAAUACAAAAACUGCUAUAUCUUUCGAUAUGCUUCCUCACAAGGCAGCAGGAAAUUAUAUUUUCUCUUCAAGCCCAAAGACGCCUAAUGAUGACUUAUUUGACCAGAAAACUCCCUCCAUAGAAACUGUGGAGUAUAUAGAAAAUUUAAACCGACAAAAUAAAAAUAGUAGAAGAGGUAAUAGUCGGCGCGAAGAGACUGCGACGAGCUUCUUGACAAAUAUAAGCCUUAACUCUAAGCAAUCUCACUCUUCAAGUGAAAGCUUAACUCUUCCAACCAAGGAAAAACAAGUAGUAUCAGAGGCUAUAGAAGGCUCAAUUACUGAAACAAAUUUAGAAAAUCAAGAGAAUCAAUAUUUACUUCUUGAUGCUUCACCACAUGAUAGUUAUAAUUUUAGACGACGUAGAAGUUCAGCUUCCACAUUAAAAUCAGAAUCGAGCUCAUCUUCUGCCAAUUCUAUAACUUCACCUACUUCUCCCGGCGACUUAAUUUCAUCUCGCCGUAAGCUUUACCGUCGUCGUUCAUCUACAAAGCCAAAUAAUCAUUUAACCAUCGGUGGCCGUAAGAAUUCUAGCAGUUUGUUUUCAGCUCCUUCAGCGCCUUUAGGUAUUCUUGCAAUGCUAGGUUAUAAUGAUAAGAAGUCAAAGCAAAGAAAUUUACAUGAAAAUUCGAAACCAAGUACUAAUUUGGAAACCAGCAAAAGACCAAAGGCGGAGUCUUUUGCACACUUACUAACUCCUAGUAACGCAUUAGAACCUAUACUAGAAGUUUUUGAUUACGAUCCAACAUAUUUAGAUAAUCCUGCGCUAAAAACAGAAAAACAAACUCCCAACGAUACGCAGGAUCUUAAAAUAAGUAAACAUCGUUCGGUUUUGAGUUUGUCUGGGAUUAUAGGUUUAAUGAGUCAUAGUGCUCGACCAUCUGAUUUGAAACGCGAAUCAAAUGCUCUCUUUCGUCAAACUCAUCCGAAUAUUGAUCAAAGCUUAACAUUAAGUCAAAUUCGCAAAGUAAAAGCGAAGUUAUUAGCUGCUGCUCGGCACGAGGAUUUGGAUUUAGAGAUUUCGACAGUUGCGAAAGCUUAUGCAUAUUUUGAAAAAUUAAUAUUGAAGAAAAUGGUAAAUAAAUUUAACCGGAGACUGAUCGGUGCAAUUUGUUUAGUACUUGCCAGUAAAGUAAAUGAUCCAAUUGGAAUGUCUUAUUCACCUUUGUUAGAGUCUUUGCAUAAACAUUUGGACGUGACAACAAAAGAAAUCACUGAACAAGAGUUUGCGGUGUUUGCCGCAUUGGAUUUUGAACUUUAUUUACCCACUUCUGAAUUUAUGCCCCACUUUGAAAGACUUUUUACUACCUUAGAUUAUGACAGUACACAAGAUUACUUGGGAUCAAAUCCAUUCUAUGAAUUUGAAACACCUAUAAUAUCUCAAACUAAAAGUGGUCCAAUUGAUAUUAAAUAG